UUGGCGUCAAAUUACUAUUUAGCAUUUCAGUUUUGUGUAAACGAUGAAAUCUACGUAACGGAAAGAUUAAAUAAAGACUGGUUGCGUGGGACGAUUGGCUUGCGACAAGGUAUUUUUCCGGUGAAUUACGUUCAAGAAAUAACAUCCCCCAGGACUGAGAUUUCCUCGUCGCUGACAGAAAAUAAAAAUCCCACGCCGAAGUUCGUUACAGCUGCAUAUGACUAUAACAGUGUUGUCGAUGGAGACUUGAUAUUCAAAGCAGUACCACGCACUUACAUACUCACUGAAGACAGCAGCACUGCACAAAACCAGAUUUAUGGUACUGGCGCGGUUGGCACUACCGGAAGAUUGCAUGAAAUGACUGGUUUAGUACCACGCACUUACAUACUCACUGAAGACAGCAGCACUGCACAAAACCAAGUUUAUGGUACUGGCAUGGUUGGCACUAUCGUUACCGCAACAAGAGAUUAUUAUAACGUUGCAAGCGAUCAUUUGUGUUUCUCGAAAGGCGAUCAAAUUGAAGUGAUCGAAGAGGUAAACAGCAGUUGGUUGAAAGGACGACUUCUGCUCAAUAUGUGCAAUGUGAAAUCUUUCCCGAUUGGUUUGUUCCCACGCUCAGCGAUUCUGUGA